UAUCAGCUGAUCGCACUCCGCCCAACGAAUACAGAUUCACCCGAAACAGUUCUCUUCUAUUUUUACGGUUGUGAUUUUUAUAUUCAAGGUUAGAAAACAGUUAAACGUUUUCUUAAACCGUCGUUUUGCAGCGUAAAGUGUCGCGAGAUUUCAUUAAGUAAUUCAGUGCGUGCACAUCGGCGUGACAACAAUCAUGAAAGCUGCUGCGAUGUCGGUUUGGAUAUUUAUUAACAUCCUCUGCUUUGGUAUGUGCGGCUACUUGUAUUUAAUAUGGUAUCAAUACUGGAUGUAUAUAGAAAAGCAGAAGUUAUUUGGCAAAACGUCAGAAGGUCCACAAAGGACUAGCCUUAGUUACCAAGAUCGGUAUACAGCUGAAAGGAAACCAUCUGAAUUAUUGUUUAAUUCUACUUUGAAAAUCGAUUUUCUUCGGAAAAAUCGGAGGUCAGCUGUCGGCGGCUUCUGGAGUAGUGGCGUGUCUAUUCGAACUUCUAACAAGACUUCUGGUUCCUACAUCCAGCCGUCCAAUAACAUAAUAAGAAAGAGCAACGGCAGUCCCAGGUUCCCCAACAUUCACAGGCCGCUGUUAGAGUUCGACAGCGACAAAUACAUUUGCAAUGACUUAUUAUCAGCAGAAUGUGAAGAGAAAACCGCAGAAUUUAAGAAGCUACUGCUUAAGGAGUUUCACAGGGUCCUUAUGGGUGAAAGCAAAGUUUUUAAAUCAGGGUUAGACGCUCAUAACACGUAUGAUGUUAAAUAUGACAACAGUAAUCGUAAAGAAAGUUCAAGAGAGCAGGUGAUGUGUGCUCUUAAAGGUGUGAAGGUGCGGACAGUUACAGCUGAUGACGAACCAUUUGCGCGACUUGGGUUUAGAAUACCAAGGGCACCAUUACAAGAGGAACGUCACUAUAAUACUUGUGCAGUUGUCACAAGUGCUGGGGCGCUGCUUGGCUCCGAUUUAGGAGAAUUUAUAGAUUCUCACGAUAUGGUAUUGAGAUUCAACAACGCGCCCACGGAAAAUUAUACAGAAAGUGUCGGCUCCAAGACCACUUUCCGAGUUCUCAAUUCGCAGGUAGUAUCUAAGCCUGAAUUCAACUUUUUGGAGGACCCGCUGUAUCGCAAUAUUUCCAUUAUAAUAUGGGACCCUGCAAACUAUACUGCGACAUUGGAUGACUGGUACCACAAUCCAGAUUAUCCUCUAUUUCCUGUUUAUAAGAGGUUACUUGACCAAAAUCCGAACGCAGAUGUCCAUUUAUUGAACCCACAAGUGCUAUGGGCAUUGUGGUCGGUACUCCAAGACACAUCGCCGUACCGCCUGCGUAGAAACCCACCGUCAUCAGGUUUCAUAGGUCUAUGGUUCGCGCUGCACCGCUGCGCGCGCGUGCGCAUGCUCGAGUACGUGCCGUCUGCGCGCGCGACGCGCCGGUGCCACUACCACGCGCCGCACGCCGACGCCGCCUGCACGCUCGGCGCCUGGCACCCACUAGCCCAUGAGAAAACCCUCGCAGAGACCAUGCGUGAUAACGAUGAUAUACAAGUCUUUCAGAAGGGAGUUAUUGAUGUACCUGGAUUUCGUAGUAUUGUUUGCCCUUAAUUAAGGUGCUGUUCAGGUUUCAAUCUUGGUUUCAAUGUUGCCAAAAUGUGUAUAAGGCGAAGGAGUAAGUCACCCUCUAGCCCAUGAGAAAACCCUCGCAGAACGCAUGCGUGAUAAUGAUGAUAUACAAGUCUUUCAGAAAGGAGUUAUUGAUGUGCCUGGAUUUCGUAGCAUUAGUUGUCCUUAAGUGUUAUGCUAUUCAGGUUUAGUUUUCGAUUUCAAUGUUGCC